AUGUCCCAACUGCACCAGUCGAACGCGUUCUCGGUCCCCUCGGUUCCGUUCCACAGCGCGGACGAGUACACGGACGACCCGAUCGACGACUGCAAGCUCUUCGUGGGGGGCAUUCCGAACGAGGCGGACGAGUCGGUGCUGCGCGCGUACUUCCAGUACUUCGGCCCCGUGCGGUCGGUGGAGAUCAUCCGCAAUCGGGAGACGGGGAUCUCGCGCGGCUUCGGGUUCGUCGUGUUCUACUCGCGGAUCAGCUUGGAGGACGCGCUGCAGCAGACGCGGAUUGAGUUCUUCGGACGCAAAGUCGAUAUUCACAAAUGUCUCCCCAACGCUCCCAACGCGGCCGGCGGCGCCGGCGGGGCCGGCGGGGCUUCUGGACACUCGGGAGCCGGCAGUUCGGCGGGGGGCAGCGGGGUUAACGGAGCCGGCGGGGGCAAUGGAGGCAGUGGGGCCAAUCAACAGCAACAGCAGCAGCAACAGCAAUAUCGAUUGUUCGUGGGCGGGCUGGACGACACGUUCACGGACGAGAUGAUUCAGAUGGCGCUGACGCCGUUCGGCGAGGUGAAGCGAGUCAACAUCAUUCGACAGACCGACGGCAGAACGCGCGGGUUCGCUUUCGUGAACUUCUCGGAGCAGCGGCCGGUGGAUCGGCUGAUCCAGCUGCAGAGCCUGAACAUCAACGGAAAGCGCGUGGUCUUCGGAAGUGCGAAUGUGAAGAAGAACAAGGGAAUGCGGGGAUGA